UACCUUCCUUUAAUCAGUUCAGUUUGCUUCUGCAUCGGUAAUUUCGGUUUUCCAGUGACUUUAAAACAUUGUAAGUAUUUAUAAUUAAUUAGGUUUAUGUAUAUUAUUUUAUGAAGAGCUUUAAUGUGAUAUUUUACUAAAUUCUUGCGUAUCAAUUAAGAUACGUAUGUGGUUAAAACUUAUUGCCCAUGGAUACAAGUAAAACGAUGUCAUUGAGGUCAUUAUCAUGAUUACGGUGCCGGCUAUCUAUUCAGUAGUUGCCCUGGAGACGUUGUAGAAGUGAGACGGUGCCUAUCUUCACUAUUGAGUUUACUUUCCAAAAUCAUUACCUUGUUUUUCUACAUAGUUUUAUCGUAUUAUCAUAAUGUCGAAGAUAAAGGCAGGACCCGUUGUUGAUAUUUUGGGAGAUGAGAUGACUAGAAUUAUUUGGGAUCUCAUUAAGGAUAAACUCAUUUUACCAUUCUUAGAUAUUGAGUUACAUACUUAUGAUUUGGGUAUGGAGAAUCGUGAUGCAACUGAUGAUCAAGUUACCAUUGAUUGUGCAAAUGCAGUGAAAAAAUACAAUGUUGGUAUUAAGUGUGCUACUAUAACUCCAGAUGAGAAGCGUGUUGAAGAAUUCAAGCUGAAAAAGAUGUGGAAAAGCCCUAAUGGCACUAUUCGUAACAUUUUAGGAGGUACUGUUUUUAGGGAAGCCAUUAUUUGCAAAAAUAUUCCACGUCUGGUAACUGGAUGGGAAAAACCUAUCAUUAUUGGCCGUCACGCACACGCCGAUCAGUACAAAGCGACAGACUUUGUUGUACCCGGAGCAGGCAAACUAGAGCUCAUUUGGACCCCCCCUACAGGAGAACCAAUCAAACACGUCGUUAACGACUUCAAAGGUGCUGGAGUAGCUCUAGGUAUGUUUAAUACUGAUGCUUCUAUUGUUGAUUUUGCUCAUUCUUCAUUCAAGUAUGCUUUGGAUAGAGCAUACCCUCUAUAUUUGAGCACAAAGAAUACUAUCCUCAAGAAAUACGAUGGUCGUUUCAAGGAUAUCUUCCAAGAAAUUUAUGACAAGGAAUACAAAACUCAGUUUGAAGCCAAGGGCAUUUGGUACGAGCAUAGAUUGAUCGAUGAUAUGGUUGCCUACGCAAUGAAGUCGGAGGGUGGAUUUGUUUGGGCAUGUAAGAAUUACGAUGGUGACGUACAGUCCGAUUCGGUUGCGCAGGGCUAUGGGUCGUUGGGUCUUAUGACUUCAGUGCUUAUUUGUCCUGAUGGCAAGACUGUGGAAGCUGAAGCGGCUCACGGAACAGUGACUAGGCAUUACCGCUUCUACCAGCAAGGAAAGGAGACAUCGACCAAUCCUAUUGCGUCUAUAUUUGCUUGGACCAGAGGCCUUCUCCACCGAGCCAAACUGGACGACAACGCCGCUCUGAAAAACUUUGCGGAAACUCUUGAGAAAGUAUGUGUUGACACAAUUGAAUCUGGAGUAAUGACUAAGGAUCUUGCUAUUUGUAUCAAGGGAAUGAACAACGUUAAAAGGUCAGACUACUAUGAAACUUUCGAAUUUAUGAAUAAGCUGGCUGAAAACUUGAAGAAGAGUCUGGAAAAGUGACUUUAUGAAAUUAGGUUAAGAAGUAACCUUUGAUAAUUUAUUUACCAAGUUUUAUUAUUGUCACAAAAGGAAUCUAGGGUAUUUUAUAUUAAACAGUAAUAUUAUGUAUCUACGGCAUUUAUUUAUUGUUUUAACUUAUUAAGGGAAUAAACGUCUUUGUACUGAAC